AAAAAACCAGACGAUAACAUUUUAAACAGCAUACAUGUAAUCAAAGUUCUUCAGUAGCUUUUGUAUUAAUUAUCAGUGCUCGUGCGACCAAAGGCUUUGUUUACUAUAAAACUGAUUAAUGACGAUGAUCUAUUCAGUUUUAUUACAACACUGCUAAAAUGCUCAUUCGAUCAUUAAAGGCUCUUGAAUAAAAUAUACGCAAAUUAGCUAUUUGACGAAAAUUUAACUCCAUCUUUUUACCCAUUGUUACUUUGGAGUUUUUCGAAUGUUUCUUAUUUAAAAGUUUUCUAAAAACUUAAGAAAAUUUAAUACAAAAACUGGAUUCCAAUUAUUUAUUUUUAUCACAGAAUUGGUUUAUUUCGCAUAAUUGAUUAGUUAUUGAGUGAAAAGAGGUAACUAUGCCGACAAGCAGUCAGCCCAGCAACAAAGUGCGUCCUUACGAGCACAUCAUUCGACAAAAAGUCAAAACAGAUCAGACGAUACAGUCCAAAAACAAAAAGGAACAGAACAAAUCCAACGUCCUUCUCAAACAGAUGGACGAGCAACACCGGCUGAACACACUUCAGUUCUGGAAGCAACACAGUGAACUCAAGAAUGAAAUGUCCAAGGAGAAAGAUAAGAUGCACGCAAUCAGAGUCGCAUCAGCAAUGGUGGGACGAAAGGGGUUGACAGGAGUGGGAGGGACAGAUGGUGUGGAUGGAGGAGGGGAAGCUGGGAAUCGAAGAGCGAAGCGAGCACAGUCUGCUAAAGUUUUCAGGAAGAAAUCUUUGGCCCUUGCUCCGUCUCCUGUUCCAGUAGACCAACUGGAGUUCCAGAUGCUGUCUAAACCUCAGAGAAUGCUCAGAAUGCAGAAAGAGGCGAAUAAUUUAGUCAACAGUAGGGUACAAAAGUUCAAGGAUAUUCGGAAUCCAGGAGAGAGCGAAUCAGAAGAAGAGGAGUUCGACUACUACAGAUGACGUCUUCAACAAUGAAAUUAUUAAGAUAUUAAUGUCAUGGAAACUUUCACUUUUUCUUCAAACUUCAUCUUCUUAAUUUGCGUCUUUCGAUAUCAGAUUUUAGAAAAUAUUUUCGAAAAAAUUUUCACUGAGCUUCACAUGAGCAAAAGAAGUUUUUUUGAUUCAGCGUGUCGGCAAGGCAAUUACUGAAACAUUGCUCCAUGGAAAAAAAAUAAAUUUAUGUAAACAUGUAAUUUUUGUUUGAUUUUCUGUUUUAUUAUUUGACCGUAGCUGUUUAUUUUCCUAAUCCAAUUUUAAAGCCUU